AUUGCAUACAUUGUAACUCGAUUUUUAACAGUCAUUAUUCCACUUUAUAAAACAUAAAAUAGCGAAACGGGCGUAACAAAUAUUCAUCAUACAUUCAAGCCUGCUAUAUACACGAGGUUGAUGAACUCGACGUUCGCACUUGAAGUCGUAUCAAACAAAUCAGCUGUAAAUGAGAAAGAAAACUUAGAUUUCAUAAUUCUAAAAAAACGAUGAAAUCCAUAACACACGACUUAGCCGAUACUUUGAAGAAAUAUAAAUCAAUUUCAAAUUCAACGCAGCUCAGCAGACACCGAUGGUGAUGUAAGCGUGUUUCCCUAAAAAUUCGUCUCCACUUUUAUGAGCACCAAAAGCUUAGCAUACGCAUGUGUAAUAAGGCUCGCGUGCGAAAUAACGUAAUUAUUAUAUUAUAUUGGACGAAUUCGGAUUUGGCGGGCUGGUCAAGCGCGGGAGAGCUGGAUCUUUUUCGAAUGAUCGGCGCGCGCUCUCAUGAAUAAUUCACGCGAUCCUUUUCCUCGAUCUCAGUCUCGAUCUCUCUCCCGCUCGACUCACGCAUCAGCCAACGACUUUAGUGCGUCUGCGACGCCGAAUCUCUCUCAGUACGACGUCGUUGCUUGCCUUGAACGUAGGUCGUCUCUCUCUCUCUCUCUCUCUCUCUUCCAAGGUCAAGCGUUUACACAUAAGCACCGCCACCGGCUUAUCGGCCGCAUAGAAAAGCCACAUAUACGACAUAUACCUAUACACUAAAUCCAAUCGCUCGUCCCAUGUGCCGUACCUAUACUUCGCUAUAAUAACAAGCUUUCGUGAAGAAGUACAACUCUUCGCGCGUUUGACAGCGUUGCGAGUGCGUGUUUUUUUCGCGCGCGCGACGAAUCGGAUCCUCUCACGCGGCCGCGUUGCGGGUAACUGGAUCGUGUUUUGUGCAAGCGAAAUGAAGUUCCCGAUUCUUCUGAUGAGCGCAUUGAUGACGCUGGCCUUGGCUCAGGACAUCGUCUUCCCGAACGACGACGAUUCCAACGCGUACGUCAGCGGCGGUGAACCGAUAACCGAGCGCAAACCGGUCAAAGUCCAAGACCAGUGCCCCGAGAACAUGUUGCUCUAUCCAGACGAUGGUCCGAAAAGUACAUGGGUCUGCGACUGCAAGCCGCGCUUCGUCUACUUCCCCAAGACCGACAGCUGUCACGAGGCUUUUCUCCAGGGUCCUUGUCCGUUGCACCACUACGUCUAUCUGGCACCGAACGACACCAUUCCAAGAUGCGUCAACAAUCCCUGCAGCAGCGAAGGUCUCGUGCACUUCGGUGGACUGUGUCAUCAGCUGCGAACUCCUGGUGGACCUUGUGGCAACGAUCGUGUGCUGGGCGUUAACGAGACAACCUUCCAGCUCGAGUGUAUCCCCGUCGACCUCGUGCCCUUCGUCAUCAUUGAGGCGCCGAAACGCAGCUGUCCCAAGGGCAGCCGACGCAACAACCUUGGCAUCUGUAAGCUCGUGCUCUGAGAGUCGGAGUAUGAGUAUAAUAAAUACGAGUAUUUCUUUUUGCUUCUUUUGACACUCUUGUGAAAUAUUUAUUUCGUUUUUACUGUAUAAACAAGCGAUACUUGCGAUUGUAAAAUAACAAGUAUACAUAAAACUUCCCUCCUUUGUAAAAUAGUUACUUGUAAAAUAUACAAGGGUAUAUAUAUAUAUAUAUAUAUAUAUAUAUAUAUAUGUAUAGAUCCUUUGUUUAAUUUAUAUUUAAUAUAUAGACGACGAUUUGUAUUUAGAGAAUUUUCUUUAGAGAGACGACGUUCGAAAAAUUAUAACGCGAGUGCUCUGUGCGUAUUUACAAAAGUUAGUUUACAAAAUUCGCUAAAAUAAAAAAUGUAUUAUAUUUUUAAUCAUCUCGUUUCUGUCAUUAAUCAAUGUUUGUUUAUAAUUCCCGCCUCUUUAUCCGUCUCAUCGCUGCAAUGUGAUUUGCACUUAAACGUCGAUGUCGCGUUUAGCGUCACGUGAGUGAUAUGUUUGCGACUAACAAUGACUUCAACCAAACGUAAAGUAAUAACUGCGCUAUAAUCGUUUGUUCGAGUAUAAUAAAUUUUUUCAUAAAUAA